AUGCCGUACCAGAGCAGUUGGCACGACGGGGCCAUUAUAAACAAGAUCGUCAAUGGUGCACGACCUCAGCGUCCGCCCGACGCUGCGCGUCUUGGGCUAUCUGACACCAUCUGGUGUAUCAUGGGGAAGUGCUGGAACGGAGUUCCUUCCACAAGACCAUCCAUACUGGAGGUGAUCUCCGACUUGGAACAUGAGUGGAGCUCGUGGUUCCGCUCACACAGACCCACGGAUGCAGAGAAGGAGGCGGGGGCAGCAACUACCGGGUCUCAGGCGAUGCAAAACACGUCUGGUAUGUUCUUGGGCCCUACCAGCAAUGUGUUCGCCGUGAACCAGUUCGUCGGCGGGCGACCUUCACAGGGCCUUCCGGGCUUUUUGUCGAACCAUGUCCCCGUUCUCGACGUGCGUCACCAUGACGCAGAUAUUGUCGCCCAGCUCCCGGACCACAACACCGUGGAGUACCUCAUCAACCAUUAUUUCGAAUGCUGCAACUGGAUCUACCGCUUCGUCCAUGAACCAACCAUUCGCGAUGCGUGGUGGCGGUUCAGAAACGGCCAGUCUAUGACCCGCGUCGAGCUCGCCACUGUUUGUGUCGUUAUCGCCAUCGCUAUCCAAUAUCUCCCUCUGAGUCGUCACAAACUCUUCUCCGCCCUCCGCGGCAGUGCAAUCGAAUUGGGAAACACUUGCUUUAAGUUGUCCCGCGAUCUUCUCGAGCGUCACCGCGAGAUCACGCCGACACACACGCUCGAGUUUGUCGAGCUCCUUUUGGCGCAGACCCACUAUCUCAUUGUCUUCGAGACGCGCCUUGAGGAGGUCUGCAUUAUGUGCGGCGAGCUGCUCACUAUCGCUACCGCUAUGGGCCUGCACUGCGAUCCUCAGAACGUCUUGCCGGUCGAGCUGGCUGAACGUCGCCGCUGGGCGUGGUGGAACCUUAUACUCAUCGAGCGCUGGCAGGCCUUCUGUCUUGGCCGGCUUAACCACAACGGCUCUGAUCACUUUGACGUCCAGCUGCCUGCGGAGAAUCCGAACCCCUUCGGCUCGGACAGGCUCUUUCUGCCGCACUUCGCCCUCUUCAAGCUCAUGCACAUCUCCGCAGCGACCUUGGACGAGGCGACGGCGAAACUCCAGGUCACCUGGUCGGUCCUGCAGCAGAAGGAUAAGCUGUUGACUGACUGGUUCGCCGAGCUCCCUCAUGAAAUGCUCCAGGAAGGUCAAGAAUUGAUCGACGGCCUCGCCAGCCUACACCCAGUUGUUCGCCGUCCCGCUGUCCAGGGCACGAUCUUGCGCUUCAUGUACAACUCCCUCCGCUUCACGCUCCACCGUCCCUGGAUCCUCUUGCCGACGAGCUUGGAUGUCGCGAGACAAUGCGCAUCGGAGCUGCUCCGUUUGAUGGCGAAGGUGAAGGCCUCGCACACGCCGGCCCACUUCAUGUGUGGCCCCUUCCAAACGGAAGUGGCCGCAACGUUUCUCUCCCAGCGAAGUUCAUCAUAA